AUGUCUGGCUCUGUAGACACGGAAAAGAAAGGUUCCCCUAUAUCGGAGCCAGAGGUUCUGUCGGUCGAACGUCGAACUGAAGAUGAUUCUGUGGACAGGAUAUACGAUACCAAAAGCGAACUUGUAAACCAAUGCCUUCAGAACGAAAUUGGCAUGGGAAGAUACCAAUGGGAGCUCUUUCUCUUAUCUGGUUUUGGUUGGAUGGCCGAUAAUAUCUGGUUACAGGGAGUUGCGAUCAUUCUUCCUUCGAUAGAACGAGAGAUGCAGCCAGAACACAUCGCGUUUGCGACCUUGUCUCUGUACGUCGGUCUCAUAGUGGGGGCUACAACUUGGGGUAUUCUCGCCGACAUUAUCGGCCGUCGACUUUCUUGGAACAUUACUCUGUUCUUAUCUGGUGUGUUCGGCAUCGCUGCCGGAGGCUCGCAUAACUUCGUGACUCUAGGCUCCCUUGUUGCGUGCCUUGGUUUUGGUAUUGGAGGAAACCUUCCUGUAGACGGAGCAUUGUUCUUAGAGUUCAUUCCAGGAUCUCACCAGUGGCUCCUGACCCUACUCUCAGCAUGGUGGUCUUUCGGGCAACUCACUGCCUCACUCAUUGCUUGGGGGUUUAUUUCACGCUAUUCUUGCACCAACGAUACAUCGCAGCCAUGCCCAGUCAAUGAGAACCAAGGAUGGCGUUACACAUUCUACACCCUAGGGGCCAUGACCUUCCUGAUGUUCUUGGCUCGCUACGCUAUUUUCAACCUACAGGAAUCCCCUAAAUAUUUGCUGGCUAAAGGUCGUGAUCAAGAAGCUAUUGAAGUACUUCAAUAUGUUGCAAGGCGAAACAGCCGCACUAUCACGUUAACUCUUGAGCAAUUCCAAGCUGUUAACGACCGCUAUGGAAGUUCAGAGCAAUUGGCUACGAGCCGUACUGGCGCUGGCGCUUUUGUACACGCUCUGAAGGGAUUCGAUCUUUCACACGUCAAGCCUCUUUUCUCAACGCCAACACUUGCGUUGAACACAUCUUUGACUAUUGCUUGUUGGGCCCUGAUUGGUCUCGCAUACCCUCUAUACAAUGCAUUCCUCCCUAUAUAUCUUAACCAACGUUCAGUUUCUCAAGGGUCGGGGACUAUCGACGAGACCUACCGAAAUUAUAGCAUUGUAUCCGUUCUUGGUAUCCCUGGGUCUAUCAUUGCUUGCAUUAUGGUUGACUGGACACGCGGUAGUGGUAAAUGGUCGUUUGGUGGGCGAAAAUUCGCCAUGGCAAUUUCGACUUGCCUGACGGGUGUCUUCUUGUUCCUCUUCACCCAAGCUAAAAAUGAAGCUGGGGUCCUUGGAUUUAAUUGUGCAAGUACAUUGACUCAAAAUGCGAUGUACGGAGUAUUGUAUGCGUAUACCCCUGAGGUAUUCCCUGCUCCCCAUCGUGGCACGGGCGAUGCCAUCUGCUCGGCAAUCAAUCGUAUUACAGGUUUAAUGGCACCGAUCAUCGCAACCUAUGGGGAUCUUACCUCGAAUGCACCACUCUUUGUGGCCGCAUCGCUCUUUUUGGUUACUUCGUUAUUGAUGCUGUUCCUACCUAUUGAGACCGCUGGAAAGGCCGCAAUAUAG